AUGCGUGUCUCGAACAACCUCUCCCUUGUCCUCCUCGCUGCCGGCGUGACAGCCCAGUCGGUCGAGCCUGAGACAGGCAAACUCGGCGAUGCCACCAUCGUAAGCAACAACCCCGUCGGGGUCGUGUACAAGGCCGUCCUGCCGGCGGAGGCUUGGUUCAAGCCGGCGUAUCCAGAUGGGGGGAAUAUCGAGGGGGAGGUCACUGCUGUGGCUGCCGAGUCGGGGGAGGGAGUGGUGUACACAUACAAGCUCUCCAACCUGCCCAAGGAGGGCGGGCCGUUUCCCUACCACCUCCACGUCGCCCCUGUCCCCGCCGACGGGAACUGCACCGUCACGCUCGCCCACUUGGAUCCGUUUAUCCGUGGGGAAAACACGUCUUGCAACCCGUUUGCUCCGCAGACGUGCCAGGUUGGGGAUUUGAGCGGCAAGUUUGGGGAGAUCAGACCUGAGGAGGAUGGGACGUGGGAGACGACGUAUACGGACUUGUACUCGUCGACGCUUGAGGGGUUGGGAAGUUUCUUUGGGAACAGGAGCAUCGUGUUUCAUUAUCCUAACAAGACUAGGAUUAGCUGUGCCAACUUUGAGAAGGUGGAAGGGGGGGUGAGCAGCAGUGCGACGGUGCUGCCGACGGUGACGGGUAAUGGGAGUUAUACUAUUUUGCCUACGGGGGGUGUGAGCACUACUACCGGAGGGGGGCCGAGCACCACGAGUGAUGCGGGGGCUGGGACGGAGACGACCACGUCGCCUCCUUUGAGUGGAGCUGCUGGGUUGAGGGGGAGUGCGGUUGGGGCGUUGGUUGUGGGGGCGGUGGUUAUGUUUAUGUUGUAA